GCACUUGUCCUCCCCUCAGAAUGUCUUUUCCCAACUCAGAGAAUGCCUCCACCCUGGAGAACGCCAUGCAGCUCAUGAUCCAGACCUUCCAUAAGUACUCUGGAAACGAGGGGGACAAAUACACACUGAGCAGGGCUGAACUCAAAGAGAUGCUUACUGCAGAGCUCGGCAACUACCUGGGGAAUGCCCAGGACAAGGAGGCAGUGGAUAAGGUGAUGGGAGACCUGGAUUCCAACAACGACGGCGAGGUAGAUUUCACAGAGUUUAUCAUACUAGUUGGAGCUCUUACUGUGGCCUGUAACGACUUCUUCCUGGAGUACAAUGAAAAGUCAGAGAAGAAGAAGUGAACACACCCUCGGCAUAAAGAUGUCCAAACCCACACACUCCAGGGAGGAAACAGUUAAGACAGGAGCGAAAACCUGAGAAGGACAUCCUGCCAUGGACUUCACGUGCACAAAUACACGCACACACAAACAUACAAACCCACAAACACACGUCUAAUUGUAACUUCAGCAGUAACUGUUGAGUGUGUAUUUGUCUGAAAUGUCCCUUCAAUCUGCUACAAACAGUACUUCUUGCAAUGUCAAAAUCAGGAGAGUUUAAAGUCAGUUUCAACACCUGUCAUUGUUGAAUAUGUGAAUAUAUAUCUCUUUCUUUUCUUUUCAUGUAUUUUGUAACACAUUCAAGCAAAGGAAUGUCUCCCUGGAAAUAAUAAAUGUGACCUUUCCUCCAACAA